GAAAUUGUUAAAGCAUUAAAUUUUAAAUUUUCUUUUUUCCUUUAGCUCAAUCUAUAGAACUUUUCACAAGAAACAUUAUGAAGCCCUAAAAGGAGAGCUCGCCGCCAUGGCUUGGCGGCUAGUGAUGAAUCGCGCGGCGCCCUGGCGGAGCGGCAGGCAGAUUCUUUGGCGCUCGGCGGCAGUGUGUCAGGAUCAUCAGGUGUGGUGGGCAAUGCAAGGGCGCGAGAAUCCAGACGCGCCGUGGGAUGCAAUGCAGGGGUUUGCAGCUCCAUCCGACGACCUAGCUCUGUUGAUCCCGGUGGGAUUCCCUUUGCCCUGCCCUGCAAACGAUCCAGCGCCAUCGUCAGCUCACGAUGAGGUGAAAUGCCCCGAGAUCUUGGAUGCCGACGAAGGCCCGAUGAUCAUGAUGCCCAAGAGGACUUACCAGCCAAACAACAAGAAGCGGAAAAGAACUCAUGGAUUCCUCGUGAGGAUGAGGACUCCAUCUGGGAGGCGGAUUAUCAGGCGUAGACGGGCCAAAGGAAGAUGGAGGCUAGCAGUGUAGCAGGCACAUUUGUAAUCUAACCAGUUCCAAACUAGUUUUGUGCUUUGCUUUCACAGACUUGUUCACGGCAAAAACUUGUGUUUUAGAGAAGAAAAAAACCUCUUGAAAACUUUGAUCAUCGAGUGUAACAAAGGUUGUCACCUGCGAAUCGAAAUAAAAAUCUAGCAAAAGGUUUUGACC